AUGGGGAGGAGCUUGCCGCUAAGAUGGAGGGACAUGAGACGGUCGGUGGGGCCGACGAGCUUGCCGCCGACGAACACCGCUGGUACCGGCGGGCUGCGGCCGAUGAGCCGGAAGAGGGCCAUCUCUAUUUCCUUUCCAUGGGGUUCCUCAUCGAGCUCGUAGGCGGCGUAGUUCACCCCAAGGUCCUGGAAGAAGGCCUUCACUGCGUGGCACAUGCAGCAGGAGCUCGAGCUGAAGAUCACUACCGCCCUCUGCGUGCUCAGCUUCGUGACCCGAUCCAUGUAUUGUAUAGUAUAUGUAUCAAUAUUCACGGAAAGAAGAACGUGUUGCAGAGAUAG